GAUGCCCCAACUAGCGCUACUAAGAUCUACAGCAUUUGUGCUGCCGAGCACGAGACAUGUGCAGGGACUCGCGAGUCGGGCGAGUCCGGCCCUGAUCGCCGCGAGGUAAAUCCCCUUCGAUCCCGACGAGUGAAGUCCCUUACUCCGCCCCCAGCGCGGACCAGUAUGGAUUUCAACUGCAUUGCGAUAGCAUUUAACCAAAGCGCUUUCACGGAUUUGCCGAGCUCGGCUUUUGUUGAGAAAGAGUUGGUUGGACUAGCUUCACGCGGCGAGCAAAGUACCCCGGCCAGGGCGAGCUAGCGGCGUGAAAGCAGUCUUCUUUGUGCCCUGGACGCGCUUGAGCGCCGUUCGUUCUGGAAAUGGCCUAGUGCUUGCUGAAACCUGGAGCUUUGCGGUGGCUGAACCGCAGAAAAUUGGCAAGCUGAAGGGAAAUGCCGGUUGGAGGGCUGGGGCAGUCGUCUGGAGCAGCGCUUUUGGUUGACGCAACAUCGUCGGGCUCCAGCAGCGGUGCAAGCCCCCUUACUUCUGACCAGCAGUUCCAUUCACUAGUCGACGCACACACGAAGAGCGCUUCGGGCUCACCGCCGCUUACUGCAGGCCAGUCGCAGUUGCAAGCACAGGAGCAGGAGCAGCGGCAGGCGCAACUCCAGCGGCAGGCGCAACAGCAACGUGUCUACAGCACGCGACUUCGGUCGAGCACUGCAAAGCGCCCGGACAAGUCGAUUACUGGCGGUGACGCGCCUGUCACAUUAGCAGCAGCGACAGUCAUCACCGAAAUACAGGGCGGCCAGGGCGCUGACGGCCCAUGCAAAAUCCAGCAGUCUACGUCUAGCUCGUUCAUCCAAGGCAGCCCACAGAUGAACGCUGUGCCGCAGGAGCCGCGCGAGGAGCCCAUGCUUCCGUCCACGUGCGGCUCGGAGCCCGGUGUGGCUUCAGGUGGUAACCGCGUGUUGCAGUUGGUGUCCGGUCGCGAGCCGCUGUCUGCUCCGGACGCCCAGGCGCGUCCGGUGCAGCCAGCGCCACAGGAGGACGCCAACGGACCGGAAUCUUUCCACAAGACGCAGCAGCAGCACGGCGAGGACGAGGCGGCCAGCCACCAGCAGCAGCAGAAGGCGCAAGAGGCAGAGACGGGUGCAACGGCCACGCCAGCAGGCCCGGACGCCAGCGGUGCCGUUGGCGCAGAGCCAGCGCAGCAUGAGCCCCAUGCCUCUACUUUGGAGUCCCUGCCCGCUUGCGAGGCGGCGGCGGCAGCGUCAUCGCCGGCGGCGGUCCCCGAGGCCGGCGCCUCAGCCGGCACCAGCCCUGCGCCUAACCACGGGUCCGGUGCGGGCAGGCCGCAGCAGGCCGCAUCAGACGUCGCAAUGGCCGGCUCUGAGAGCCCGUCAGGGCAGUCCGCUCAGGUGCGUGUGCAUUCGGCGGCGGCGAAGCAGCCAACGUCCUCGGGAAUGGCGCAGCAGGAGCAGCACCACCCUUCGGACGCCGGCAGCGCGCCGGGGAGCUCGCCGUCGCAGCCCCAAUUUGCGGCGCACCAAUUGCAGCAGCAGCAGCAACGACCGAUGACGCAGCAGCAGCAGCAGUUGUUGCAGCUGCAAUUGCAGCAGCAGCUGCUGGCGCGGCAGCAGCAGCAGCAGCUUGCCCAGCUGCAGCAGCAGAGGCUGCAGCAACAACAGCAGCUGGGCCAGCACCAACUCCACCAGCUGCAGCAGCAGCAGCAGCAGCAGCAGCAGCUCCACCAGCAGCUGCCGCAGGGCCACCAGGGCGGCGGCGGCGGCAUGCUGCUGGACCGCGCCGCAUCCGGCUCCCUCAGCGGCAGCAGUUACUCCAACAGUACCAUGGAGCAGGAGGUGCGCGCCAAGCUGUUCGGCCACCACGCCAAGCCGCGCCAGGCGGCCCCCGCGAUGGGCGGGCUCCCGCUGUCGCUCAACGGCAUCAACACCGGCGCGCGGCAAGGUCCCGACCCACUCAUCGCCGCGAGCCAGUCCCUGCGCGCCAAGCUCAUGGGCAACAGUGGCUCGCCGAACCUCUCGACGGCGUCGGCGUCGCCCAUGCCGCAGCAGCUGGGCCCAUCGUUGACGGUCGCGGGCGACGUGUCGUCGCGCGCGCAGUCGUCCAUGUCGCACAACACCGGCGGCGGGAACGACUUCCUGCUGAACUCCAGUCCCGCCAUCAUGCAGCAGCACCCGCACGCCCACAUGCACAACCAGCACCAGCAGCACCACCAGCAGCAGCUGCAGCUGAACCCGCAACAGAGCCUGCAGCUGGCGCUGCAGCAGCGGCAGCAGCAGCAGCAACACGCCUCCCGCUCCAUUCGCGAGCAGCUGCUGCGCAACGGCCACGGCAUGAGCGUGGGCAACACCAACUCUCCCAACAUCGUCGCGGCGGCGGCUGGGGCUGGCGGCGGCGGCGCGGGGCAGCUGCUCGUUGGCCUCAGCAACAGCGCCGGCAUUGAGCGCGCCUCCAGUGCGCCCCAUUCGGUGCUGAUGCAGGACACGAACGCCAUCACCGAGCGGCUGCGCAAGCUCGAGGAGAUGGGCAUCACGCCCAGCCAGGCCGUGCUGCACGCGCACCAGCGCGGCCUGCUGGGGCCAGCCGGCGGCAGCGGCGCCGGGCCGGCCGGCAGCCGCCUGCAGGGCCCGCAACAACAGCAGGGCUUGCAGCAGGGCCAGCAGCCGCUGAGCUGCCGGACCAGCCACCCGCUGCUCGGCGGCACUGCCAACAGCUCGCCGUCGGAGACGGACUCGCCAAUGUCGGCGCGCUCCUUCAAGCGCAGCGCGGCGGAGCGCGCGUGGGAGGAGCAGCAGCACAUGCAGAUGCAUGGUCAGGGCCAGGGGCCCAACUCGCACCACCCGCACCCCGGCAUGUCUCUGCUCGGCGGCGGCAGCGCGCGGCAGCUGGGCGUGUCGGGCCUGGGCCUCGGCGGCGGCGGCGGCGGCGGCGGCUCGCAGAGCGGCGGCAUCGGCCAGAACGGCAUGGGGUCGCUAGGAGUCGGCGGCGGCAACAACGCUGACGCGCUGCAGGCGCUGAAGCGGCGGGCCUUUGCGGCAGAGAUGCUCAACCCAGCCAACCGUAGCUUCUCGUCUCAGGCGACGCAGCGUGUUGAUACGCAGCAAAUGCUGAUGGCCUGUCGCUCCGUGCCGGGCGAUCUGCGUACGGCGAUGCAGCAGCAGGGCCCGCAGGGCGGGGGCCCCAACGGCAGCGGGAUCGGUGCCGGCGCCGGCGGCUAUAAUAACGGCAGUAUGGGCGGCGGCCUAGGCCGCGGCCUGGACGGGGGCCUGGCCUCGGGUAACAGCAACGGUAUGCUGGGCAUGGGCGGUAACGGCAUGGGUGGCGGAGGCGGCGUCAUGCUAGGAGGCGGCGGCGGUAUGCUGGGGCCCGGCAACGGCAUGGGCGGCAAUGGCAUGGGCGGCGGAGGUGGCAUGGGCAUGUUGGGAGGUGGCGGAGGCGGCAUGUUGGGCGGCCAGAGCGGCAAUGGCAUGCUGCAGCUGGGCGGCGGCAACGACCUCGGCGGAAUGGGCGGCGGCGGCAUGCGGCAGCUCGGCGGCAAUGGCGGCCUUGGCGGCCCCAUGCACCAAGGCGGAUUGCCGCCGCUGGGGGGGCGGCUGAGCCAAGACCUGGGGCAGGUCGGCGGCGGCCUUGGCGGCCCCAUGGGCGGCAUGCUCCGCAGCGCCCCGCAGGGUGGUGGCGGCAUGGGCGGAGGUGGCAUGCUGGGCGGAGGUGGCAUGCUCGGUGGCGGCGGCAUGCUGGGUGGCGGCGGCAUGCUCGGCGGCCCGCACGGCGGGGACAUGCUGGGCGGCGGUGGCAUGCUUGGCGGGCCCAUGGGGCCACUCAGCGGCGGUCCCGGCGGCUUGGGUGGCCUGGACAUGAACCUUGGCCCUGCCGGCGGCUUGGGCCCGGGGCCGCUGGGGCCGCCGGGGGGCAUGCUGGGCGGCCUCAACGGGCCGCUGGGCGGCGGCGACCCCUUCGGCAGGCCGCUGGGGGCGCCCGAGUUGCUGCAGACUGGCCCCGUGCCGCUCGGGCCAGGGCCGCUGGACGACCCAUUGGGCGGCGGCCUGGGCGGUCAGGGCAUGCUGGGCCCGGGUGGCGGCAUGAGCCUGAACAUGAACCUGAACGUUGGAAUGGGCAUAGGCAUGGGCCCCAACGGCCUGGGCGGCCUGGGCGGCCUGGGCGGCGGGCUGCAGGGCCCGGGGCUGCUGCAGGGGCCCGGGGUUGGCGGCGGCGGCGGCUUUGGCGGCGGCGGCGGCCCGCGCGGCUCCGACGUGAACAUGGCGGAUCUGGAGCUGGCGGCGGGCGCCGGCGCCGGCGAGACGGACUACCUCGCCGACAACGAGCUGCAGAGCUUCAUCGCCGAGCUGUGCGCGCCCGGUUCUGGAUCUAACGCCGCGGACCCCGCGCUUGGGGAAGGCGGCGGCGGCGGCGCCGGCUUGGGCGGGCGCGGCGGGCAGCAGGCGGGCAUGCUGGACGGCAUGGGGGUGGGAGGGCCGAUGGACGGCGGGCUGGGGCAGGGCGGGCGGCGCGUGUCGCUGCGCAACCUCGCGCUGGACGAGCACCAGGCGCUGCAGCUUGAAGCGGAGGCGCUCAUGAACUUUGACUUCGACUCUUGAUGCUUUACAAUUGCCGCCGGGUCGUGGUCGCUAACUGUGUGAUUGUAGGAAACAUCGGAAACACUGCAUUGUGGUGUGGGUGCAAUGCGUGCAGGGCAUGUGCGGGUGCGGUGCCGUGUGCCGCGUGCCAUAGUUACUAGCGCUGGGAGGCACGAGCGUGUCGUGACGAUAGAAGAGUCGGUUUGAGCGCCUGCCCUUGCGGGGAUGUGGGUGGCGGGGCAGCCGAGCAGCACAGCGGCCCUGGGUUUGUGUGUGCACUGCUACAUUGCCUCCCCAGGCAGCGCGAACAGCAACAAGAACUGCGUGAGGCUGCCGUAAUGUGUGCAUGCAUGCAUACGCCUCAUGAAUGGGGCAGGGUCUGCAAUUUUACGCUUCAAGUAUGAAACCUGAUACUCCUUUUGGCUGUGGCGCCGGCAGCGGCAGUGCAGAAGAUUAGAAGCGAGCAAACAUGUGCGCAGUUUUCCGCGAUGUAGGACUAGUUGGAUGUUUGACGCGUUUGCCCUGUUAAAAGCCAUAUAAACUUGUACUGAAGAAGGCUGACAACGGCACGAAGGCCGGGUACGAGAGCAGAUGGUUGCCCCUUUCCUUCUUUGCGUCUUUGAGUAGACUUGCCGCCAUUUGUAGGGGCCUACAUAAAAGGAGCUGGCAAUUCACCACAACGGUGUCUAAACUUGAACAAAUGCCAUACGUUUCAUGUAUGGGGGCGGUGAGCCAAACGAGGUUGAGUGCAUAUUUAGUGACGACGACAACGCUCUUCAACUUAAAACUGCAAGGGUCCAGGCUUGGAAGCGAUCGGGCUGCACGUCUGCAGGUUGCACGGAUGUAGCCGAUGUGGCUUGGAAGCUGGCACAAGCGGGCGGCAGCUGGGCACCGUGCCCGCCUGGUGGGCACGUGACGGCGGCGGCUGCUAGUUACAGGGGUCGGGUGAACGGGGCCCAAUGGCGGGGGGGUGCAAGCUGGCAAUGCAUAUGUCGAUAAGGGCGGCGCCUUAGGCACAAAACGGUGUGAUGGCCUUUCAUACAAUUACACACGUGCGUUCACUGUGAUCAAAGUCGUGCGGGACACACAAUAAAUUGGAUGGAUUCAGAAGUACCUGACGAGUGUUUUAGUUGCCUAGUGCCUACUGCAGUUUGCCCUGUGGCCGGAGGCAUUCCGGUCCAAGUGGACAUUAGUUUGGGCAUUUACAACCUCAGCAACAAUGAGGGCAAUUUAAAAUGGGAAUGGACGGUGGUGGGGUCCCUGCCUGCAUGCGGGUUUCGUAGUCGCACUUACGCAUGCUCUCCCUCACUGCUGUGGUCUUCGGUGCAGGCACGUGCUGCACACCUUUGCCUCUUGUCAUGAUGUGAUGUCAUCCGUAGUUUCGGACACAUAGGAUUAUUGCAGCUUAAAGCAUGGAGGGAACUGAGCACCGCUGCCGUCGGCGGCACGGCCGGGAAAGUAAGGACCGAAGGAGGCUCGUGCUCGAAGCAUUCAUGUCGUCACAGUUGUUUAGGCGUUUGCUAUAAGAAUGUCCGUUGUCUCGUGGAUUGUAAGAUGGUGCGUAA